AUGACCCUCUUCGAUGGCAUCUACCCCUUCUAUCCCCAGUCCAGGAAGCCUUUCGUGUUUGAUGUUGACCUCAUCAUUGUCAUCAUUGUCUUCCUGGUCAUCGCCGCCAGCUUCCUCCUGAUCCUGCCUGGAAUUCGUGGCAGAGCUCGGUUAUACUGGCUGUUCCGGGUCAUUGCAAGUCUUUUUAUUGGAGGAGUAAUUGUUGCUGUCCACUUCACCUCCGACUGGGAGAGCGGGCAGGUGAGGGCCAACACCUCCUACAAGUCAUUCAGCCCUGCUGUGGUGCAUGCAGAUAUCGGACUGCACAUUGGUUUGACCGGAGUCAACGUCACCCUGGUUGGGAGCCCCGUGGAUCAGCUCAACGAAACUAUCAACUACAACGAGCAAUUUUCUUGGUGGUUUGGAUCCGACUAUGACUACGAGUUCAAGGAAGGCUUGCAGCGGGGACUGCCCAACCCGAUCCUCUACGUGGCAGAGAAGUUCAGCGAACGCAGCCCCUGUGGCUUGAAUGCCCUCUACAGGAUGGCCGGCCACUAUGCGUCUGCUACCCUAUGGGUCGCCUUCUGCGCAUGGCUCGUCUCCAACAUGCUCUACUCCAUGCCGGUGCCAGUCUAUGGUGGCUACAUGAGCCUCGUCACAGGGGCGUUCAUGAUUUUUGCACUGCUGUCCUACUCCACCGGGAGGAGCAUUCCGAUGUGCGUCAUCCAGUUUGGCCACGCCACCCUGAAGCCGGCCUAUGGGGCGUCUUUCUGGCUCACCCUCGCCACAGGGCUGCUCUGCUUCCUGAUCGGAAUGGUGGUGAUAGUGCUGCACUACACCCGCCCUGGCCUCCUGAAAGCCUUCUUUGACCUGUGCGAAGACGAAGAAGACGAAGUCAUGCUGGGAGAAGUGUACAUCAACCCCUACUUCGCUGAUCUCCAGACUGUGACUUCCCAACCCAGCUUCAGGCUGUCCAUCAAGAACAGCUAG